AUGGCAUCAAUCGAACAAGACGAUCUUUUUAAUGUUCAAGACGAUGAAGAGGAAGAUAUUGAAGAAGAAGAAGAAGAAGACGAAGAUGUUGAGGAUCAAGUAGAAAUAGAAGAAGUGGGGGAGAAUGUGGAUGCCCUGCAACAAGAAGAACAGGAAGAAGAAGACGAUUCUCAAAUGGAUAUUGAUACCGAAGAUCAACAACAACAAGAGGAGGAAGAUGAGGAGGAAGAUGAAGAUGAGGAAGAUAAUGAGGAGGAGGAGAAUGAAGAAGAAGAAGGCGAUGAAGAUGAAGAAAUGGCAGAUGAAGAUGGCGAAAAUGAAGACGAGGAAGGUGAGGAAGAAGAAGAAGAAGAAGAUGAAGAAGAUACGAGCAAUAAAAAGGAUAACAAAGAUAUUGAAGCUACUACAAAACCUAGUCUAGAAAAGAAAUCCAAUGAUGAAGAAAAAACUGAAACCAAAUCAACUCCUGAACUGCAAUUGCCCUCGGCUGCCAUUGAUGAAUCCAAGGACAAUGAUGGUGAUAUUUUCUUAGGUGACGAUACUACAAAACAAUCUGACAUUCCAACCCCCAAAGAUUCAAAUGUUGACAAUUCUACAUCUAGAGAAGGAGAAUUACCAGACGACUCAAACAAGAAGAAUAAGGAUAAACCAAUUGAACAACCAAGAAAUGAAAAGGGCCAAGAAUCAGAAAAUACCAAACUUGAAGAAUCAAAAGAUAAAGAACCUUUAAUAGAAGACGGCCCCAAAGAUCAAAUACAGGAAGAUUUAGAUACAAAUUUAUCAUUUCGAGAACAAAUCAUACGCAAAGCCCAAAGAGCCACCGAAUUUGAUAUUAUACCUCAAGUUGCCAUACCAUAUGCUAAUCAAUGUCAUACUUUAGCAUUCACAAAGGGACCCAAAUGGAUAUUAACCGGAGGUGAAGAUGGAUUCAUACGUAAAUAUGAUUUCAUUGCUUCAAUUCAAGGGAAAUCUCCAUUAACAAUGGCACAAAAACAUAAUUUAUUUUCCGAUUCAUUAACUAAUGCUGGAGUAAUAUGUUCAUAUUGGGAAAAUGAACAACCAUUAACUAGAAAACAAUUAAUGAAUCAAAAUUCAAAACUAAAAGAUAGUGAUUUUUCCACGGGGUCAGUUAGUUAUGAACCAAAAAUUAAUCCGGUAUAUGCUUUAGAUGCGGAAAAAAAUGGGUAUUGGUGUUUAUCGGGAUUAUUAUCAGGUGGGAUAUCUUUAUAUACUAUGAGAUAUAAUGAAGGUGCAAUUCAUUAUUAUUUCCACCAAGGUAGUAAAGAAAAUAAAUCACGAGGUCAUACUGAUGCUAUAUCAGUGAUAAAAUUAAAUCAAGAGCAAGAUAAAUUUUUAUCUGGAUCAUGGGAUAAAACUAUCAGACAAUGGGAUUUAAAUACUGGGAGAACUGUAUUGGAAUAUACUGGGAAUUCUGGUCAAAUAUCAAAUAUUGAAUUUAGACCUGAUGGAUUAAGUGAUGUUACGUUUGUUGUUUCAGAAGAAGAGGAAGAGAAAGAGGAAGAAAUACAGAAGAAAGAGAAAUUGAAUAAUAAAUCUGGGGAAAAUUUGGUCAAUUCAAAUGAUGAUAUAGAUUCAUUAUUUGGUGAUAGUGAUAAAGAUGAAGAAAUGACAGAUGCAAACAAAAAAGACGAACAGUUAGAAGAAGAGACUAGGAAAGUUGUUGAAUCAAUUGAUAAACCAAAAUCCAAUAAUGGAGCCACCAACAAAACCCAUUUAAAUUCUAAUAUAUUCAUGUCUUCGAGUAUAGAUGGAACCAUCAAUAUUUGGGAUAUUCGAACAAGCUCACCCGUGAUAAGAUUAGGAGUAUCUGAAGGGACGCCACCAUGGUGUAUGUCACUGACAUGGUCCAAUAAUGGAGAUUUUAUAUAUGCUGGUCGAAGAAAUGGGACUGUUGAAGAAAUAUCGAUUAAAAUGCCUCAUAAACGAAGUAAUAUGGGUCAUCAUCGAGAUACCAUGAUACCUAAUAUAUCUAAAUUAUUACAAUUUCCUAAAAUUAGUGGUCCUGUAAGUGCUAUAUCUACUAUGCCAAAUGAUGAUUUUUUACUUUGUGGAUCAAAUGAUAAUAUUCGAUUAUAUAAUUUGAAAUUAUAUGAUGAAUUAAAUAAUGUUUCUAUAAAUUCUAAAAAGCAAGCAACACCAUUUUUAAUUGUUCCUGGUCAUCAUGGUGGAAUGUUAUCACAAUUAUAUGUUGAUGAAACUGGAAGAUUUAUGGUUAGUGCUAGUGGAUAUCGUGGUUGGGGUCAUGGGAAUUAUACAGAUACUGUAUUGAUUUAUGAAAUUGAUUUCCAAUAA